UUCUUUUACUCAGAUCCGGCCUUUCUAGUGUCGUGUGCGACGGCUCUUGUGCUCCGAUUACAUUCAAAUACCGUACAAAUUAUACGAUUUCUAAGAUAUGGAAGAAUAUGCAAGAGAGCCGUGCCCUUGGCGGAUUGUGGAUGAUUGCGGAGGUGCCUUCACUAUGGGUGCCAUAGGCGGUGCAAUUUUUCAAAGCAUCAAAGGUUUCCGUAACGCUCCCAGCGGUUGGUCGCAACGUUUUCGCGGCAGUGUCUUGGCAGUGAGGCAACGAGCACCCAUUGUUGCUGGAAAUUUUGCCGUAUGGGGCGGGAUGUUCUCCACGAUCGACUGCACACUGGUACACUUCAGGCAGAAGGAAGAUCCUUGGAAUUCUAUCAUCAGCGGAGCGGCAACCGGUGGGAUUUUAGCAGCAAGAAACGGUCUGCCAGCAAUGGCAGGCAGUGCAAUCAUUGGUGGUGUGCUAUUAGCUUUGAUUGAGGGUGUGGGAAUCUUCAUCACGCGUCUCUCUGCCGAACAAUUUAAACCAUCAUCGCUCGAUGAUCCGUCGCACCUUGCUCAAUCGCCACAAGGUUAUCCGUCAUAAUAUUCGACUGCAUUGUUUAGGUUUUUUUUGAAGUUAGAAUAAAAUUUCCAAGUAACCACGUUAGGCAAGCUUGACUAUUAGAAUAUAUAUAUAUAUAUAUAUUUUUGUCUUGUUUUACCAGCAUUAAAUUUGUAUGCAAUACAGACAGACUAUAGAAUUAAAGACAUACAUAUUUUUCA